AUGGUGAAAAAGCUCGGUCAGUGGGUCCUACAUGCAAUGAGCGACGGCAACCGCCAAAGACGCCUGGAUAUCUGCACUCAGCUGCUCUCCAGAAGCCGCAAAUUCGACCUUCUGGACACCAUUGUUACUGGAGAUGAAAAAUGGGCCCUCUACGGCAACCACACCCAAAAACGUGCGUGGUGCGCUGGCGAUGAAAGGCCGGAUCCUUUCGUGAAAGGUGAAAUCCAUGAGAAGGUCAUGCUGAGCGUCUGGUGGGGAGUUCAUGGAAUCUACCGUUUCGAACUGCUGCCGGACAACACGACAGUUACUGCCGAGGUCUACUGCGCUCAACUGCAAAGACUGGCCGACAAGAUCCGCAAAGAGCAGCCGAACCCCGACAACAUGCGCCCUCACAUCACGAAGAAGACUUCCCAGAAAAUUCUGGAGCUCGGAUGGGAAGUUCUAUCGCACCCACCCUACAGCCCGAACCUGUUCCCGAGCGACUACCACCUCUUCCGAUCGCUUCAGCAUCACCUGGAAGAGAAGCCCUACGAUGAUCGUGACCACCUCGAAAAUGACCUUCAGGCUUUCUUCACCUCCAAUUCGCCGGAGUUCUACGCCAAAGGAAUCCGUGAUCUGGUGAGAAGGUGGCAGAAGGUUGCCGAUGUUGAUGGAGAUUAUUUCGUCGAACAAUAA